CAUUCCUGCUCUCUGCUCCACGCUGUAAUAACGUGCCUGCCCGAUUCAGCACGGGUGCAAGCUGGAGAGAGCGACGUGAAGAUUCGGCUUCUAAUUGCCUCCAGCUUGAAGAACAGCGGCCCGAAGCCUAGAGGGGGUGCUGACAGUGCGCUCAGCUGAGUGUUCUGGGAGGUGGCUGGGGCAGAGCAUAUUGACGGAGGGAAGAGAGUGAGAGCACGAGAAACUGAGUGGGAUUCAAACUCUGGGGCUGUGACAUCAUUCCUAGAUUUGCACCUUUAGACGAGGAGGUGGACUAAAACUGGAUAUAGCCCUCUUUCCUAGUGGUGUGGUUAUGGAACACAGCCUUUAAUUUACAGUGAAGCAUUGACUCAAUACAGUAUGACUUUUAAAGUGUGUAUGCCUGUUGUGAAACGUUAAACUGCUACCAAUGUAUAACAACCCUUUUUGGCUGGCUGCCAGUGCCUUUGUAAUGCAUAUUAGUUCAGAUGAGAAGGAAUUGGGCUGAAGUUUGAAUGUGUUCCUCUGCCUGCACUCUCUCACUCGUAUCUCCCCCUCGUCAAACAAAGCAGUCGGAGUGUCUGUGAAGCCCUGUCAUCAGUAGUGAGCGCUGUAGCUCUCGCCUUCUGACUGUGAGGUUUUUCUCCCUCUCUAGGUUGGUCAAUUGAUAUGAAGUGCGAUCCUACAGGCGACGGUGUCUGCCUGUGACACCCAGAGCUGCUCAGGUCUUUGUUUGCUUUCUCCUCCUCUGGAUGCUGGGCAUGGCAGUCCCACUCCAUCACAAAUCACCUGCGAUCGCUCUGCUUCAGAAGCUUCAGACGAGUGAGUUGGACACUUUUGGCAGGCAAACUUUGCAGUUACCUAUAAGUGGCGAUGGACCUCUGAAUGAAAUCUAUGUGGAAAAAAACCGAGCAGGAACGAUGAAUUACCCAGAGGGUGGUUAUGAUUUUGCUGCUGCAGCCUCCCUGUACAACCCGACCAGCCUGGGCUAUGCAGCCUCCACGGACUCGCAUGGCUCCAGCAGCAUUGGAGGUCUUCAUUCCCUCAACAGCAUGUCACCGAGCCCGCUGGUUUUCUUACAGACGGCGCCCCAGCUCUCUUCCUUCGUUUCCCAUGGCCAGCAAGUCCCGUACUACAUGGAGAACGAGCAGAAUGGCUGCAAUAGCUUUGGGCUGCGUGAGGGACCCCCGUCGACUUUUUACAGAAUUAACAGUGACAAUCGACGACGAGUCAAUGACCACCCGUCCAGCACCAGCGAACGGAACAGCCCGUCAGUAGCGACGUUGGAAUCCAGUAAGGAAACACGGUACUGCGCGGUGUGCAGUGAUUACGCCUCAGGGUAUCACUAUGGAGUCUGGUCUUGUGAAGGCUGCAAAGCUUUUUUCAAGAGAAGCAUUCAAGGACACAAUGACUACAUGUGCCCUGCCACUAACCAGUGCACAAUCGACAAAAAUAGGAGGAAAAGCUGCCAAGCCUGCAGACUACGUAAAUGUUAUGAAGUGGGCAUGAUGAAAGGUGGCAUCCGUAAGGAUCGUAGGGGUGGCCGGAUGUUGAAGCACAAACGGAGGAAAGAUGAGAAGGAUCAGGUCAUUAAAGGUCCCGGGGUCACCAGCCGCCCCACUUCCAGCAGCAUGAAUGUGACGCAGAGGAAUGCCAGGCAGAACUUGGUGAUGGGAAUGACGUCAGACGAGAUUCUCAGUACCUUGAUGGAUGCCGAGCCUCCCAUCGUUUACUCUGAGCAUGACCCCAGCAAGCCCUUUACCGAGGCAUCCAUGAUGACUUUGCUAACGAACCUGGCUGAUAAGGAACUGGUGCAUAUGAUUAUUUGGGCAAAGAAAGUUCCAGGAUUUGUCGAUCUAACACUUCAUGACCAGGUGCAACUAUUGGAAUGCUGCUGGUUAGAAAUUUUGAUGAUUGGCCUUAUCUGGCGCUCCAUGGAACAUCCAGGAAAACUCAUAUUUGCUCCAGAUUUGGUUUUGGACAGGAAUGAAGGGAAAUAUGUGGAAGGAAUGGUGGAAAUAUUUGACAUGCUGCUAGCUACGGUGUCUCGUUUCCGACUGCUGAAGCUCCACUGUCAGGAGUACAUCUGUCUGAAGGCCAUCAUCCUGCUGAAUUCCGGUGUGUUCCCCUUCCUCUCAAGCACCAUGGAAGCCCUGAACAACAGUGAGCAGAUCCAGAUCAUCUUGGACAAAAUCACUGACACUUUGGUUCACUUUAUCACCAGGGCCGGGCUCUCACUGCAGCAGCAGUCUCGGCGGCUAGCCCAGCUCCUCCUCCUCCUCUCCCACAUCAGGCACAUGAGCAACAAGGGAAUGGAGCACCUGUACAACAUGAAGUGUAAGAAUGUGGUGCCACUGUAUGACUUGCUGCUGGAGAUGCUGGACGCUCACAGGAUGCACAUGCCAAUGGAGAGGGCACAGCCCAGUGGCAAUGGCACCAGUCUACUGAACAGAGGGACCAUGCCAUCCACUUCUUCAUUGUCACUAAAGAAAACUGAUGUGACCUUUGAAACAACCAGAUAGGUAACUGAUGCACUGCUGCACAGUAUUAACAGAAAUCCCAACGAAAGGAACUACCUAUGAUCACGUGCAAAAGAAGCAAAUGUCACUGCAGCAAAAUCAUAUAGCUUCAGCUUCAUCUAAGUGCACUCCAUCCACCCUUGCCACAAAGAACGCCCGACCGACUGAGAACAGGAAUGGCCAAUGAUGGAGGAACAAUAAGUUAUUUCCUGCAGUUCUUUACAAGUUUUCUAAUAUUGCUGAAAAGUUUAGGCACAAUUCCAAAUGCUUCUCAUAUUCGUGUGAAAGACACUCACCAGAACAAAGGGUUCAUGUUGCGCAGCCUUUUAACAAGUACUCGGACAAGAUGAGUUCCCACUUCUAUUGGAGUGGCUGGUCUAUUUAAAGUCACGCAGUGCCAAAACCUAGAGUCAAAUCCGCUGCGGGCUGGUCUGGGAUUUUGUUGAACGCAUUACGGGAUGUGGGCAUUGUAAACUAUUACUUGUAGUAAUGAGUCUUGACCAUGAACCGCAUGGUUAAAGGGGCAACUCCCCCCCCCCCCCCACAGUGCUGUUGAGCAGCCAAUUUCCCAUUUUUGCUCCAGGGGUGACAAAGAAAUGCUAGAAUAACUUGGGUGGGGCGUUUCCAUGUGACUGCUGCCCUCAUCCUUCCAGGUGACGGGGGUGAAGGGGGCCCCGGCUUUGGAGCACACUGCUAUAGUGCAGUUUCUCAAAGUAGGUAGGGAACAAUGGUGGGGGAGCGUGUGUACAUUUUGGGUGGCGGAUGAAGAGCUUCAUGUUGGACGCUGUUGAGCUUACUGAGGUUCAUUCAUCCGAACAAGUGGGGAGCAUUCCACCUUAUUCCCCACAUAUACCUUGUAGAUGGUGGGAAGUCAUUCUGGUGUCAGGAGGCGAGUCACUUACUGCAGGAUAGCCAGACUUUGAUCUGCUCUAGCAUUAUGUUAAGUUUCUGUCAAAUGGUAAUCGCUUUACCCCAGACUGUCAGUGGGGAUGAUCACUGCUGGCACUUGUGUGGACUGAAUGUUAUUUGUCCCUGAUCAGAUUGUGCUUGAAUCUUGUCAAGAUCUUCAGAGUUUUACAGGCAUAGAGAAGGGAAACAGGCCUUUUGGCCCUUGAUACAUGUUGCCAUGGGGUGGAGGUACUUGUCUCUCAAUGCAUUUCUUAUAGCUCUGACAGGACAGCUGAAGUGGGGACUGGAGAUUAAAUGUCACACUGGGACCUGGGGAACAAUUUUUAAAGAAGAGGUGGAGCACUGUUGCUAGGACAGAAUUAAAGGAAAUUUACUUUUACUUGUAACCUCACUCCUCCAUCUUCAGCACCGUUUUAAAAAAAACCAUGUUAUCUCGUUGGAAUCUGCUUGUGAAGUUCUCAGUAACCCAGUGUUGGUUGUAUUCCUAUCUGUAUCCUCAUUGUUGAAACCUUUGGCUUAUGGUGUGCUCAUUGUUAAAUAGAAUGAUUAGCUUAUGCCCAGUGAAGACAUUUAUAAAAUGAGGUAGAUUUAAGGGGGUGUCUCCUUCCUGUAAUUAUAUGUGCUUUGCACAUCUGCAGAGUUACAUUUGAUAUUAUUGUUGAUUUAAACACUGGAACUAUUGAGCUAAUAGAAACUUCAGCAGUUCAAACCCUUUUUAGUGGCAAAUAGCAAUUGGCUAUACAGUGGCCAGCCUUGCCUCUAACCCAAAAUAAACUUUAAAGGAUAAUGGAUUUUACUGGGAUCAGGAGCUGAGAUCUUUGAACAUUGCAGUGCAAUCCCAACUCCUGUGUUUAACUCAGGACCUGAUUCCAGCAUUCUAAACCUUGACAGGAAAAGGAGCUGUCCUUUGAACUGAGGACUGGUUGAGUUGUUCAGAUAUAGGCAAUAGCCCACUAAUUGGAAAGCCAUUCUUUCUGCAGCAGGGCAGUUCAUCCUGAAUCACUGAUGUAUUCUCAGUGAGAAGGUGUAUCUCCUUUUGGCAUAUCAUUCUUAGAAAUGAUGGAAGAACAUAAGAUACAAGAAAGAGUAGGCCACAUGGCCCCUCAAGUCUACCCGCUAUUUAAUAUGAUCAUAGCUGAUCAACACCAGGGCAUCUAUCUCCUCUUCUGUGCCCAUUCCCCAAUCCCCAUAUCCUUCCUAAAUCCAUCUACUUGCCCUUCAAACACUCCCAAUGAUAUAACCUCCAAAUCCCUCCGGGCUAGAGAAUUCCAGGGAUUCACCACUCCCUGGGAGAAGUUGUUCCUGUGCACCACAUUUCCAAAUGUCCAGCCCUUAACCUUAAGGUUGUGCUUUCUGUUCAGGAUUUGCCAGCUUGUGGAAACAGGUGGAUGAUGUUUCUUUCCACCUCUUGGUUAUUUUUUUAUUAUUGCAACAGAGAUGCAGUAAUUGGAUGCCAGCAGAUUGCUACAGGGCUGCAGUAGGGACUGGUGGGUUGGGAGAGUAUUACACCUGGAGGCCUGGUAUGUUGCUGUUACUUCAGAGAUUGGAGAACUACUUUACAAAUUAGUUUUUUAAAUUUAUAGCAUUUUUGGUUCCACUGCUCAGAUGAUUCUCGGGACAAAGGGGUUGUGCUCUGAGAAAUUAAAUGGGCUUGUUCUAGGGUUUUGAAGGACGAGGAGACAAGUCCCUGGGUCCAACAGCAUUGAUUCUAGUGGAAGUACUGACUUUCAAGGGGUUUGACAGGGCAGAUGUUAAGUGGACUUCUUGCUAGUAGGAAAGUUGAGUACAAAGAUGCAGAGCUUCAGAUGAGAUGCUAUCCACGUAAGACUCAGACAGGACGUUGAUUAAUCUUAGGGACUCUCUACUUCAGACCUGUGAACACUGUGAUAUCUUGUUUUUCAUUGGAGCAAAAUUAGGCCAUUUGGCCCAUUGAAUCUGUUCCGCCAUUCCAACCGCAUUUGUCUGCCUUCUCCCUUUUCAGCCCCCACUGUAAAUAUACCCAAUGACCUGGCCUCCACGGCAGUUUGCGGCAAUGAAUUCCACAGAUUUGUCACCUGUUCUAUUCGAGGCUGGGAUGAAGAGGCCGUGGAGGAAUUGGGGAUUAAGAAUGUGGUGUAGAAGAGUGGUGUAUAGACCCGCGAUCAUUUCAGCCAGAUGAAGAGCGAAGCUGGUUCAGGGACUGUGUAGUUUAUAGAUUAUGCAAUCUAAACUGGCAGAAUUAACACCUGGGUAACACCAGAUAAGAUCCAGCUGGGUUCUAGAUUUAUAUAUUAGAUCACAACCUCUCCAUACCCACUUUGCAACCUGGGAGCCAGAGUGCACGAAGUGCUUUAAAAACACAUGGAAUGAGCUGCACGUAAUGUAGCUGGGAGGUACUCAAUUCAGUGAAGGAUUCUUCUGUAUUUCUCAAUUUUAACUAAGAAGCUAAAGUCGCCCCCUGGUUGCCAGAGAUUCAGAACUUGGAGCUCGAGAAUUAGUUAUCCUUUCUCUGAAUUAACGGCAGUAACUUUCCUGUGUGUCGUCUUAUGACUCUAGCAAUUUAAAUUGCUCCCGACAGAUUUACUGUGAAUCAAUUGGCUCAGGAGAUUCAAUAUUUUCGCAACAACUGAAAGAAACAUCGACGGAACCUUUCACAAGAUCCUCUGUGCAAUUGCAGAUGAAGCAAAGAUUCUAAAGAGGAGGUAAAAAGAACAUUAACAUUUUGAAUAUUUAGAAAUAUUUCUCACCCCGGAUUUUUCUCCUGAGUAGAGAUGUUUUUAAACUGUUCAAAAUAACAACGGGUUUUAAUAGCGUGAUGAAGGGGAACGUGGGAAGAGGGUCGGGAACCGAGAAGGUGAUUUGCAAAAUGACCCAGGGCAGGAAUGAGGGCAGUUGUGAAGUGUUAAAGGUGAUAUGGAAGUAUCGCCUGGAACAGCGGCGGAUGCAGACAGAGAACUUACAUGCAACAAUUUUUGUUUAAAUCCUUCAAAAGAAAGUUGCCAGACUGCAGGGGUAGGGCAAAAUGGUAGUGUCUCUCCUUAGCAUUGACGGAAAAAUCUACAAGUCGUCCUUUCGCUGGGGAAUGGAUAACUAACAGUAUGAGGUAAUUGUGAAGUGCAGGUGAGGUGUGCUGAGCUGGGGGAUAAAUUGUUCUCGACCUUUACACACAGCUAAGGACAGCUCUGUCAUUGGAUUUAGAUUUAGAAGGCAGUUGGUGCUGUCUCUUGUCUGUACAGUACGCAACAUCUUUAUUUCCAAGCUGAUGCAGCAAAUGCAACAAAUGCAUUGAGAGUGAGGGUGAGAGAGAUAUUAAACGUCACUUUUUAGUACUACUUUAAAGAGACAGCAACUGUGUCAAUAUUUUUCCUUCAGGAGGUGGGGAAAGUCCUUUGGCAGCCAGGCUUGUGCUUAUUGUUUAUGGAAGACAUCGGGUUAAAUAGCAGAGCGCUACGUGAUCAUGUUACCAGAGAUCAUGAAUUGUGGUUGCUAUUUUAAUCAUUUGUUUUAGUUUAGAAUACAUUUUUCUAUUUUUGCACAAAAGCAUCAGGCAGCAGUUCAUGUCUGUACUCAUCCGUCUGCAGAUAAUUUGGAAAGGAGAGUUUUAGAGAACAUAAACUCAUUAGAGUCAUAAAGCAGUACGGCACGGAAACAGGCCCUUUGGUCCAUCUAGUCUGCCAAAUGAUGAUACUGUUCCGAAUUGGACUAUAGCCCUUCAUUCCUCUCCCAUCCGUAACCAUCCAAAUCACUUUCAUGUAGCCGUCAUCAAUUCCAAUUUAAUCCUCUGGAAAAUCUCCUGUAUAUCUGCGUUGUUCCUAAAUUAUACAACUGUCUCCCUGCUCCCCGUAAUCUUGCAUCAGUUUAACAUCCUUCCGUUGCUCAGUCCUCACACAUGCAGCACUUGUUGCGCUAAUCUCCAGUUGGCAGCCGCUCUUUAGAAAACAUUAGAACGCCUGCCUUUCCCUCCGAUAGCAGGUCAGCCCUGACACUUUUAGACUCAAUUUCCUGAGCAGAGGGUUAAAGGGGGCGUAGUUCUUGCAAUCAGCCUGCCCUGGCCACAUGGCUGGGAGCAGCUGACUAAUUCAGCACGAAAUCAGCCCUUUGACCCAGUAUUGACUGUCAAAUGUGCUUCCCCCCAUCCCCAUCAACUUCCCUCUUCACUUCACACCUCACACUUGGGGCAAUUUAGAGUGGCCGAUUAACCCUAUCGGAGAACAAUGAUAAGGUGAAUGACUGGGUCAGGUAGAAAUUCCACUUCUCCAGCGAGCAAACGUGAGGAACAAAACCCUUCUCUUAACCAUGAACACCAUGAAACACAAGCUGCUGUUUCCCCUGUCCUUGUGUGUAAACGUGCCCAUACACCCCUUCUCCAGUGCUAGAUUCAUGUCCAUUAACUCCGAUCGCACAGUCUCAUUCUCACCAGAGUGGGCUUGGUGUCUUAGUCUUUUAAACAUCUAGGCUUAAACUGCCAGCUAGAUUUAUUUACAAAUUUGAAUUACACAGAAUGGGAAAACCAUUGUGAAAAAUGAAUACUGUAAUCUAUUAUCACUAAAUUUGAAUGUUUCAAUCUGUGAAUUUGUUUACACUAUCAUCUAAUUGGGUCAGUUUCUGGGAGCAGAAUUUAAAAGAGUGGCGCAUCUAGUGGUUCCCUAAACAGAAUUGAGCUGGUGUGAAGCAAGUGGAAACUACCAAGGCCAUUUCAAGAAUUGAACACUGAAAUAUUUAAAAGAAAGCUACUUUGAUAGUUGAAUGUUAGGUUUAUCCAUUUUUUACUACUUGUGGUCUUCACAUUGCCCAAAGGUUUAGUUUUGACAAUCAUGAUGUGAACUGUGUGGCAAGCAACAAAGCUAAUGCAAGAGCAGAGACUUUUAUUUAUAACUGUGGUUGAAAGCUCUUGACCCCAUUGUCUUACAAUUCAGUACCAUUAACAAGGAUUCUUCAAAGACUGCUGAUUAAAAUUCUUCUAAAAACUUUAAUUCUGUCCUGAAUUAUCACUACCAAUGAAGGAGCACUUAAACCUAUCUUAUUGCUCCAUCCAAAUAGGUUAGUUACAUGUUCAGUUUGCCUAUUGUAAAAUAUAGUUAAUUAUAUUAACACCAGAGGGCAUAUGUACAAAAUUAAGGGAGGGAAGUUUAGGGGAGACAUCAGGGGUAAGUUUUUUUUACACAGAGGGUUGUGAGUGCCUGGAAUGACUUGCCAGUGAUGGUGGUGGAGGCUAAAACAUUAGGGGUAUUUAAGAGCCUCUUGGACAGGCACAUGGAUGAAAGAAAAAUGGAGGGUUAUGGGGUAGUGUGGGUUUAGUACUUUUUUUUGAGGAUUAUAUGGGUCGGCACAACAUGGAGGGCUGAAGGGCCUGCACUGUGCUGUGGUGUUCUAUGGCUCUAUAACAACUUGAGUACAAGGAUAAGGGCCUCAGUCAAAUGGGAUACUAUUAAUUUGAAAGAAUGAAUCCAGUGACAGAACAAUUGACCUACCCUGAAGAUUAUUGAUAAAUGUAAAAACCAUGAAAUAUUUCUCACAUACAAGAUGUUCCAGUGCUAACCAACUACUGAACCUGUGGCAAUGACAUCUGGAGUGUUUGCAAAGGAACCUGCCUGAUUAAAUAUAUAUUAGAUACAGUUUUGAAACUGCAUGUGGUAACUGAUUGCUCCCUGUGAUUCACCAGAGACUCACUGCUAUACCACGCUGAAGCUUGCCUGGCAGUGAUAGACCUAUAUUAAUCUGCAGCUCAUCUGUACAGACAAGAUGAAUGUAUUUUUGUGGGUUAUCAGAGCUUAUACACUUUGUGAAUAGAGCAUUUUAUAGCAUUCACAAGCUUUUCUGAGUGGCCUGCUUCAUCAGACUUUGAAAAUAGUUUGCAUUUUUCCUGAACUUUUUGAAAUCAUUUAGAGGACAAUACAUUGGGUUAAAUACUGUUUUAGUUUACGCAAGGAUUGGAAUUUACAUAAUCACUUUAUAUCUUUAUUACAUAAUCUGAAUCAUAGUGCAUUAGUAAGUAUAAUUUGAAGAGAUAAGUAAAUGGCAUACAUUUAUCAUUCUUAAUGGCAGCUGCUCAAAAUCUCCCUUGUUGAAUUGUGUAAAUGGUUUUAAAAUAUAUUGGGUGCUGCAGCUUAAAGUGGCAAUGAAAUACAGACUGAAAUUGGACUUGCCCAAAAAUUCUAGGUUGGUCAUGGAGUCUGUGUGUGUUCAGUCAACCUUUUCUUUACAGCAAGUAACUCCCCACAUGGCUGGUUUAAAACACUGCAGCACUCCAGUAUGAACCUCAGGAAGCAGAGAUACACUCAGUGGGCAUUUUGUCAGAUACAGGAGCAGAACCUGGUGUGGUCUUCUGUUGCUGCAGCUUAUCCGUCUCAAGGUUUGACAUGCUGUACAUUCAGAAAUGUUAUUCUAUAUACCAGAUUUGUGAUGCGUGGUUAUACGAGUCACCAUCUGCUUGAACCAGUCCAGCCAUUCUCCACUGAACUCUCUCAUUAACAAGGUGCCCAUGGAACUGCUACUCACUGAUUUUUGUUUUGCACCAUUCUCUGUAAACUCUAGCAACUGUUGUGUGUGAAAAUCACAAGAUCAGUAUUUUCUGAGAGACUCAAACCACUCUGUCUGCCGCCAAUGGUCAAAGUCACUCAGAUCACAUUCCUUCCCCACUCUAAUAUUUGGUCUGAACAACAACUGAACCUCUCCUCUUGGCCUCAUCUUCAUGCUUUUUGAUUGGGCUGCUGCCACGUGAUUGGCUGUGUAGAUAUUUGCACUACAAACAGGUGGCCACUGAAUGUGUUUGAACACUGAGGUACCAGACAUUUCAUGUGCCAUUAAAUCCUCUUCUUGCAAAUUUUAAUGAAAAAUGUCUAGCUUAAGAAAAACCUACAAAGUAUACCAUAUCUUGCAUUGAUUAGCUAAAUCGCCUGGAUUCUAUUCUAUGUAAUGGAGAACAAUUCUGAUUAACAAAUGAACUACAGUUCUUCAAGUUUGGUAGAGCUUUGACAAUGGUUGCAAUCCAAAUGCCUUGUUGACAGUUAUUUUCCUGCAGUCUACUUGCAGAAGUGUGUAAAGUCCAUGCCUUGUUUAGGAAGUCAGUGAAGUACUUUUGUUCAUUAUUUUUUAAAGCUUAUAUCACAUUUUUUAUGUGCUUGUUUUGCAAUUGUAUCCAUAUCCACAAGUAAAGUGGUGAAUGGAGAAUAAGAAUUAAGAUGAUUUACUCCACUGAAAUCCCCACACACUAUGUUGGGCAGUUUUUGGAAUGCCGCAAGUGCCCAAAAUGUUUUAACCAAAGAAAAAUGUGUAUUUUUUAAAAAUUGCAGUUUUGUGUGAAUGGAAGAAGAAUUAAAGAACGUGCAGACAUAAUAAAAACACAACUCGGUGCUGCAGAUUCACAAAAGAUGGAUCUUUCCUCCAAGCAGACAGCUCGCAAUGUAUCUGUAAAUUGGAAUGUGCUAUUCCUGUAAGAAAAUGAAGAACUCAAUCACAAUAUUUGAUUACAUACUUGUGGUCUGUGGCCAAAGAGGUCAGGUUAUUUUCCCCUCAUUACUGACAAUUCUGUACAUCUGCAGCCUUGCUCACCAAACUCCACGUCACAUGCCGGUGAUAAUAAACCUGAUUCUGGUUCUGCAAGAUCCUCUCCGGCCCCACUGCAAACUGGAAUCACUGUUGUCAAUUGGGAUGUGGGAAGUUUGACUGAUGCUUGAGCCUAAAAUGUCACCCAUGUCACUUUGGCUUUUCCCAGUAUGGGUGGAUGGGGGAUGCCAAUUGGGCAUAAUUAAGUUUCUGCAAAAUGAAGUGGGGGAUUGUCAGGAGGACCAUAUUAACUGUUCAACAUACUGUCAUGGGUGUGGAGCUCUCAUCUUCGCUUCACACCUAUGAUACAUGCUACCUAUAUUGGUGAAUUGCUUGAACUACCUAUUGCCAUACACUACCUAGGUGGCCCUUCUCUAAUCAGCAAAGGGUUUGCACUUUGUAGCACCAAGAAAGCAUUUUGUAGCAGACUUUCCUUUUGAAAUACAUUGUCUCAGCUGAUGCUGUCUGUAAUUUUUUGUGUGAUUGCAUGUAGAAUGAUUUUAUUUGCAUAUUGAAUGAAUGAAAUAAAACAGUGACUUAACCCGUGGUUUUGCUGUGUUUUGCUUGGAAUCCAGGCUUCACUUUUACAAGUGAGCAUGCACUGUGCAAGCGAAAGGUUCUUUGUGUGGAGUGGCUGCAUUCCUAGAGUCAGCUCAAGGAGUGGCUCAAAGACAGGGUGGGGGUCAGAGCACAAUGGUAUAUCAUAGUUGUGUUAACAAUCAGAAGACACAAUCUGUGGAGGUGACAACAUGAGAAUUAAGUACACACAACUCUGGCCAAUAACUAAGAGGUACAGAAGACAAAAGGAAGGACAUUAUAGUUAAGCCCUUAUAAAUCAGUGCUCAGUUACCUCUAAACUCUGGAAAAAUUCAGGCAGGGGUGGGGGAGAUUGAGUGAAUGGUACGGGUGAUUUGCACAGAGGGGUUGAGAUUGUUCUUAAAAUGGAGAAGGCUGAGAUUUAAAUGCUCAAAAUGUUGGUCCGUUUUUGUUGAGGAGGUACUGUGAAAGAGGGUUGCAACCCAUUUGCCAUUAAAACACAAAAUUAAUACCUGGCCACCAAAACUGACUGACAGGAGCCAAAAGGGCACGGACUGUGGGAAAUAGCAUCCCGGCCACGGCUGCAAUAGUACGUGCUGCAGAUUCACCCGUGAUAAAGAAAAACAGCAGGACGGGUCAGGAGCACAGCAGUGACAACAAAAACACACGUGAAAGAAGUAGGUCUUUAAUUAGCAACCCAAUUUGCCACUGUACACCAAAAGAACCAGCUUUCUUUUUAUUACUUCUUGGUAGGCAAGGCUGCCCUGGUAUAGAAAAAUGCACCGAGAUUGACCAUUAUCUGAGCAUGCCACUAUCAGACAAGAACAUAAAAAAGUGGGACACUGAAAGCCCUCAUGAAUAAAGAGGUUAAAUCCACCCCUGAUCCAUGCUGGGAUUGCUUCACACGCGAGUCACACCAGCUGCACAGAGCAAGAGACGGGCAUUCCUGGCAAGAUUUAUAUUUAUACGUUAUGUUUACAUUCGUGCCCCAGCAAAAUCUAAUAUUCCGUCUGUGGGCGCUUUGGAAAGAAAUUACAAGUAGCACACAUGUAAAUCACAGCAUGGUUAUACCACAAAGAAUAAUAGCUUUAGCAAACUGUACAUAAAUAUUUUCUUCAUUUUUAGUUUACAUCCAAUAAUUAUCAGAAGUAGUUUUAUUUGUACCUCCACUCUGCUUAGUCCCUUACAGAUUUUCAUCACUUAAAGGGUUAAUCUGAACAAUUCUUUGUAUAGCCAUUCCUAAAGCAGUUUUCUUUUUAGAAAGAACAUUGAAAAAGCUAUUCAAAUAUUAUGUUACACUUCUCACUGAAUCUGGGGACAGGUAACUGGGUGUGUCCUUCUGUGCCCUACUCAAUGCAAGUUGGCUGCAGCUGCCCCAAGAGGUUUUGGAGGGCCAUGAACAGACCAGCUAAUGG